GCCUGCAACUCAUCAACAUAGUAUUUGUACAGCGUUUAAAAAAGACGAAAUAAAAAUGGCACCUGUAGCAAUACUUUGUUCUUUGUGGAUAUGUUUGUCCGCAUGCUCUGCACUGCCGACCACCAUCCCACCGACCUCACCGCCUUUCACGACAACAAUGACAACAGAGCCACCGACUACUCCUAUUGGAUCGUGUUUCCAUAACGGGCAUUUCUUCUUGAACGGUCAGACAAUCGAAAAAGACUUCUAUAACUGUUUUGGAGCGAUAUGCCGGGACGGUAGUGUGCUAUACAUGGACCACCAGUGCGGCUUCUACACCCCCACGUGUAAUGGGGUAUCAGAGCGAAUUCCAGGACAGUGCUGUCCUGUGUGCCAUGAAACCACCACACCUCCAACCACCAUUCCACCUACGUCGCUCCCCGCUGUUGGUUAAAAUAGAGCUUGUUUUUUUAAAUAUUUUAUAUUGUAAACUCAGCGUCAUUAAACUUAUAAAAAUAA